ACGUGGAUUAAUGCGGGAGUAUAGCAUGGACGGUUGCAACUGAAGCUCCGUUUCUUUCUCAGAUCCUCCCCCAAUAAUCUCCCACCACUUUUAUGUUUCAGAAGUCAAAAGUGCAACAAUUUUGUACAUAAUUCUCUCUCCUCCAUCCUCCCCUCAUUUAAGUUCCUCACCAGCCAGCCAACUACCCUACGCCAUCCCCUUCCUCCACUACCGCAGGCCACAGGCAGUAGUAGUAGUAAUAAAAAGUUUGUUGGGGAGAAGAGGGUUCAGAGCCCUAAUCUGUUUCUGCCCAUUCAUUUUGAGCCACGAAAAAAUCAACCACCACAUCAUCACCGUCGGCCAAACUCUUGCCUCAGCAUUUAUUUCUGACAAAAAAAUUCCCCUGUAUCAGUAGUACUCCAUCCUAGCCUCCUUCAAACUCCUCCAUUUGAUUUGGUUAAUUUUCCGGUCAAUUACACUAGUAGUAUCUCGGGGUAAAGAAUUUAUGGAAUUAGAAUCUACUCCUUUAUCCAAGAAGACGAAUUCAAUGGCACCCUCUCCUCCUCCUCCUCCUCCUCCUCCUCAAACCAGUCGGAAACGCAGGAGAAACAUAUGUUUGGUAGUGAUAGCUGUGAUUCUGGGGCUAGUAUUGCUGAUGGUAAUUUUGGGGCUCACUGUCUUCAAAGCCAAACAUCCAGUAACCACCGUCAAUUCCGUGGCUCUGAAAGAUUUCGAGUUCUCUCUCAACUUGGCAAAGCUGGGAGUAAACCUAAAUGUCACCCUCGACGUCAAUCUCUCCAUUAAAAACCCUAAUAAGGUGGGAUUCAAGUACACCAACAGCUCCGCGUUAUUGAAGUACCGCGGCCAAGUGGUCGGCGAGGCUCCGCUCCCGGCUUCAAAGAUACCUUCAGACAAAACCGUUACUAUGAAUCUGACGCUCACUGUAUUGGCCGAUCGAUUGAUCUCCAACUCCAAUCUUUAUUCGGACAUCAUCUCCGGUACGUUGCCCCUCAGCGCCUUCACCAGGGUUGCAGGCAAAGUUUACAUCUUGAAGAUUAUCAAAAUUCACGUGGUUUCUUACACUACCUGCGACAUUAUCAUCGAUGUCAUGAACCGGUCGGUGACCAAGCAGACUUGUAAAUAUAAGACCAAAUUAUAGAUAUAGAGAGAGAGGGAGAGAAGACAUCUAUUUUUCAUGAUGGACCUAGAGAGAGAGACAGAGAGCUGUGCAUUGCUUGCUACAGUUUGAUACACGUAUAGCCACGUGUUUACUGGUUUUAAUAUAGUACUUAUUUUGUUCUUAUGCAUUUCCUAUCAUUAUAGAAGAAUACGGUGGGCACUCUUUGCAGUUUGUUUUUUCCCCUUGUUUCAGCAUGCCUAUAGUUAUUUAUUCUGCUCAUGUAUUGUUGACGUAUACUAUAUAUUUUUGCUUUAAGAUUUGUGUUCAGAGCAGAAUCGUUCUCUUUUGUUAA